UGUCCAGGACGAAGCACCCCGCGCCCAUGUUCCCCCGUCUGCAGGACUGACGGACUCCAUCAGCUCGUGCCACUUCCUGCUCCCACCAUGGGACCCCCGGGGAGCAUGCUGAGCAGCGGGCAAGUGCAGGUGGUCCUGUGGGGCAGUUUGGCCACUGUCGCCACUUUCUUCCUCAUCAGCUUCCUCGUUUUUCUGUGCUCCAGUUGUGACAGAGAGAAGAAGCCGAGGCAGCAGAGUGGGGACCAUGAGAACCUGAUGACCGUGCCUUCCGACAAGGAGAUGUUCAGCCAUUCGGUAACUAGCCUGGCCACAGACGCGCCUGCCGGCAGCGAGCACAACGGGAUCCUCACCAACGGCGACGUUCUUUCAGAAGACAGUACUCUGACCUCCAUGCAACAUUAUGAGGAGGUCCAGACCUCAGCUUCGGAUCUGCUGGACUCCCAGGACAGCAUGGGGAAGCCAAAAUGUCAUCAGAGCCGGGAACUGCCCAGAAUUCCCCCUGACAGCGCAGUGGACACGAUGCUCAAUGCAAGGAGCGUGGACGGGGUCCAGGGCCUAGGGACGGAAGGGCCGUAUGAAGUGCUCAAGGAUAGUUCCUCCCAAGAAAAUAUGGUGGAGGACUGCUUGUAUGAAACUGUGAAAGAAAUUAGGGAGGUGGCAGCAGCCGUGAACCCAGGGAAGGGCCACAGCAGCAGGUCAAAGUCGACUUCCGCUCUGAAAGAGCUUCCUGGGCCCCAAGCCCCCCAAGCGGACUUCGCUGAAUAUGCAUCAGUGGACAGAAACAAAAAGUGUCGACAGAGCGUUAACGCAGAGACUGUUCUGGGAAAUUCUUGCGAUCUGGAAGAGGAAGCCCCACCACCUGUCCCCGUUAAACUUCUGGAUGAAAAUGAAAACCUUCAGGAGAAGGAAGAGAGCAAGAAAGCAGAGGAAGGAGCCACAGAGGGGACCAGCGAAACCAACAAGAGAUUUAGUUCAUUGUCGUACAAGUCCCGGGAAGAGGACCCAACUCUCACAGAAGAAGAGAUCUCAGCCAUGUAUUCAUCAGUAAAUAAACCUGGACAGUCAGGGAGUAAAUCAGGACAGUCUCUUAAAGCACCGGAGUCCAGCUACACCUCCAUCCAAAGAGCCACUCAGAGAUCUCCCUCUUCCUGUAAUGAUCUCUACGCUACUGUUAAAGACUUGGAGAAAACUCCAAACAGCGUCAGCACACUUCCACCAGCAGUAAGACCCAGUGAGGAGCCCGAGCCUGAUUACGAAGCAAUACAAACUCUAAACAGAGAGGAAGAUAAGGCCACCCCAGAGACCAACGGCCAACGUGGCCUUUUCCCAAAAGAGAAUGACUAUGAGAGCAUUGGGGACUUGCAGCAAUGCAGAGAUAUCACCAGGCUCUAGCAACCCAGAAGACAGGCCCACACAACAUACGAUCGGCCGGUUGGGGGGCAUUUCUUCUGUGGAAGACAAGAAGCGACAUCAACCCCUACUUUAUAUGCUGCUCUAGUAAUCCGACGACAAUUGAAGAUGUGGAGACUGUUUCCCGGGGUUGGAAACAGUGAGGUACGUACCUGACUGCACCCGAGUGUGCCCCUGCGUGCUGGGGGGCACUGCACACCCAAGCACAUCUCCCUUGUGCACCCUCACCCUCUGGAAAGAUCCCAGCUGUCCGUGGUUUCACCCUGUGAGUGAGGAAAGCCGAGCUGCAAGGAAGAACCGCGUUCAUCAAGAACCACGACUCCACCUGCCUAACAUACUGCCAUUCACAAGAGCCAGGUUUUUCUGCCUUUCUUCCCUUUUUUUUUUUUUUCUAUCUGCUCCUCACAUUUAAAUGUACGGCUUUCUUCCCCCUUGAAAUCUUCCGACUUCUAAUGGUUCAUUCCAAGAAAAUUCCCCCACAAGGCUUGGCCUUUGCCUUCAACUUCGGUGUUUUAAGAUGGUAAGAAACUGUGGUUGCUGGUCACUGGCAGCUCCCCAAUCCUCUUCCAAGAGCCGCACCUGGGAAAAAAAGGACCCUGCAGGUGGGCAGGACUGGGACUGCCCCCCCCCCCCCCCCAAGCUUCUUAGACCUUCCUUCCUCCUGAUUUGGGCACUCCACAUCAGCAGCCUCUCCCAAAGUACUUGAAGUCAUUUUUAGAUGCUUUAUUUUAUUUUUCUAGUCAAAGCGGUUCCCUCCCCACACCCCUCCCCCCCAGUAUGUGAAACUCUUCAGAGCCUUUUCAGUAUUUUCAAUGAAUAUUGUGGUACUUCUAUACUUGUUUUAGCCCAGAGUUCAUUCCUCUGAAACAGCCUUAAUCUCUAUGUUGGGACACAGACCACAUAUUUGGACGGCAGCCAUGGCGUCCGUCUCUGAAGGGCUGUGGACUUGAAUGUGUAUUUCUGAUGACCCCUGCUGCCACACCAACGUGUGAGAUUUCCUAAGUGAACUGCUACCCUAAGGUAAUCUAAAAUUAAAAUGUAAACAUUUAUUUUUGUUAUAUAAAUUUAUAAGAUGUUUUAGGUUUAACGCCUAAUUUCUAGAAACUGCCAGAAAAAAAUGUAUAUUAACUAUUUUGAUUUUAUGUACAAUGAUUUAUACUCUCAUUUUGAAAAAAAAAACCAUAAAGCACAUAAGCUAGGUAAUUACACGUAGUUGUUGUCUGUUUUCUAAUCAAGUGUUUAAAAUAUUGAAGGUUUUUAAAGACUUUUCAAAUGGUACUUGGAGCUGUGGUCAAAGUCAUCUGGCUCACUAGAGAAAUAAGUGGAAUGAACAUAAAUGAUCAUUUUCAGUGAUUUGUGGUGGGCUAUACUGAAAUAUUUGAAAUGGUAAAAAAAAAAAUGAAGAAUGAAAUAGGACUAGGGAUGACUGCAUUAUUAACCUCAUGAAGGUAUUAUAACUCCAUUAAGAUUUAGCUACAUUUUUAAGAAAAUUUACAGUGGUGGAUUCUGCAAUCCAGUGCUUGCAAAUGCAAAUUGCCUAUUGGGAUUCUUUUUUCCCUUCAUUUUACAAAAAUCAGUGGCUGAAAUAACUCCUAUUAAGAGCUCAGCCUGGUUUGAAUUUAAUCAUCUCUUUAAAUUUUAU